GCUAUAACCAACUAUCGAAAUGUUUUAAGAUAAACCUAUACGAGAUAAUAAGUACCUACCUACCUGGACCGGUGUGAUUGUCCGGUUAAGUCGUCAACAGCCUUAGCCUACUGAACUACAAGAGGUCAUUUCAAAAAAAAACAGGACCGGUGUACCCGAUCGAGUCAUUCGAGUCAUUCGAGCCGCGGUAGCCGCCGAGUCAACGAUUCCUGAGAAUGCACCGUGGAAGAGCGAAACACAUGUCGACUAUAGUCGAAUGUUUUGUGUCGCAACUCUGCUGCAUGAGCGUUUACCUGCUGGCCGAAGGGCAGUGCUGGAUACUACAUGCUGUAAAUUCAUUCCUUCAGUGGAAUAAAAACAAUUUUUUAUAAUAAAAACUAUAAUUCUCGGAGUUUUCUAUUAUAUUUUCAUUACCCAAUUAAAUUAAUGGGUGAAAACUUUUCGUCACCAUUCAAGGGACCAAAAAGUCAAUAUCCAACGUUAGUUAAAACCUUUGCUAAAUGUCAUCUGUCAAAAGUAAAACUUUUGACAUUUCGCGCGCUCGCAGUCAAACUCGUAAAACUUUUCGAACCAAAGUCGAAGUUUGGAUAUGAGCUUAUCCAUAAUGUUCGCCAUUGUCUGGAUGGCAGUUUAUUUUGUUCACUGUAAAAUUAACGAGUACCGCCGAGCGGCGCGGCGCUCGCGGCGCCUAGCUGCGGUGGAGGCCCGGCGGCGCGCUGGCGCCAUCCAGCUGCCACCAACACCACUGCAACUGCACCCCAGGAAGGCAUAUGAACUUGCUCCGUCUACCUCCAGUCAACCGCCACGCUUUGAGUUGCAUCUAGGUGCCAUCCCGAGAGUUGAGUGUUCGAGUGCUGAACCCAGUCAAGAACUAAUUGUGCCAGAUCAAAUACACGAAGUAAUUGUGCCAUCCUCGCAAUCGUCACGUCAUCGUCCUCGAAGGAUACGGUCUGCUGCUGGCUCUGACGUCAGACGCAGACUUUUUGAAUACGAGGACAGACGUGAACAACGGGAAACGGCGAGGAACCAAGAACUUGCCGGCAUAAGGGCUGCCAUGGAAGAAAUGUGUGGGAUACAAAGGCAAAUAUUAAAUUAUUUAGCAAAACUGUCGGAAAAGCCAUAAAUUUGAAUUAUAUUUACCUAAGUAUCACCCACAUUUCACCAGUUAUGUUAUUUAUUACCUACUCUAUGCGAAUUUGUAAAAAUCGAAAACCCACUACUUAAGUAGAAAAAUGCUAGGCAACAUGUUAAUUCGGCUCCAUUGAACAAUACUCAAAUUAGUACCUAAUUAAUCUAAUUGCAAGGACAAGUUAAUACUUAGUUCUGAAGUAAUCUAGAUUAUUCUAGAUAUCUUAUGGGACCAGCGUAUCGUUAUUUGGAUGAUUUUUGUUAGCUAUAAGCUUAUUUAUACAAAAGCAUUGUUUCACAUUUUAGGUAUAUGUAUAAUAUUAGAGGUAUAUGCACAUUUGUGCGCACCACUGCACCAUGUUAGAAACGAUUGUUUAAAAUUAUUUCUCUGUCAAAUAAAUUGGUCUGUUUUAAUUUUGUAGGUACUGUCUGUAUGCUGUUAUUGUACUUACGCAUAUAAUUAUGAAUAUUGGAUUAAAUAAUACAUAAAUAUAUCAGGGAAAUGUGUCUCUGAUGGACAACUUAUUAUUCUGUUUUUAUAAAACU